UUUUGGUAAGGUAAGCAUCGGUGUGCGUAUAAACGCGCCCUCCCGAUCAUCGCGAGGCCAUCGCUUUCUAUCGCUGCAGAACCACCCGCCUCCAUUAUCUCCGGCCGCCGGCGCACACCAAUCCCACUGACGCCGGCAAAUCGGUCCGCCGGACCCAAUCCGUCCGCCGCCCCGAAUUGAUUCGUCUCCGACCUUCUCGAACCUGUUGCGAAUUUCCGUAGCCGUCUUCCUCCUCCGAAACCCUAGGCCCCAAAUCCAGGCAACGAACCCGACCCGGAGCCGCGGAAUCCACCCGCGCACCGGACGGCAUGGCGAUCGCUCGCACCGGCGUGUACGUCGACGACUACCUUGAGUACUCGAGCACUCUGUCCGGUGACCUGCAGAGGAUCCUCUUCACCAUGCGCGAGCUCGAUGAUAGGGCUCACGGCAUUAUGAGUCAGACCAAAGGGCAGAUAAAGUAUCUCCUGGGAGUGUCAUCCCAUGGUUAUGACAGGUCAAACAUGGAUGAUGAUGAGACAUCCACAGAGAGGAUGAAGAAGGAUAUUGAAGCUAGCCAGGACAAUGCACUGAGUCUCUGCACCGAGAAAGUGUUGCUGGCACGCCAAGCUUAUGACUUGAUAGAGAGCCAUAUCAAACGCCUUGAUGAAGACUUGGGCCAGUUUGCAGAAGAUUUAAAGCACGAAGGGAAGAUACCUCCAGACGAACCACCAGUCCUUCCUCCGAUUCCGGUGGUUAGCAGGGAUGACAAAAGGAGGCUUGGUUUUAGUACACCUCAAGCAUCAAAGAAAUUCAGAGAGAGGGAAUGGGAUAGGGAAAGGGGUAUGGACUUCGAUUUAAUGCCCCCUCCAGGUAGCAGCAAGAAAGCAGGUACAUCUAUGGACAUGGAUCAAACAAUUGAUCCAAAUGAACCGACAUACUGUAUAUGCCACCAGGUUUCAUAUGGUGAUAUGAUUGCUUGUGACAAUGAAAAUUGUGAAGGAGGCGAAUGGUUCCAUUACUCAUGUGUGGGUCUGACACCAGAAACAAGAUUCAAGGGGAAAUGGUUUUGCCCGACAUGCAGGAAUCUUCAAUGAGAGAUUCUCCAAAGUUGCGUCAAGGACUCGAAUGGUUCCUUUAUGCAUGUGUUGGUCGGACACCUGAAAUGAGAUUCAAGGGGAGAUGGUUUUGCCCAACAUGCAGGAUUUUCAAUGCGAGGCUGUCCGAUCCGAAGUUGGUAGGGUCUUGUCACAAUUCCAGGGUGUUGCUGCGUAACAGUGAGUUUAACACUUAGAAAUGGUUAUACAUUUCUUUCGGUAAUGCAUAGACAUGGCGGGAACAGGGAUGUUCCUUGUUCGGAUUCUAUCCUGGUCAGACUGAGAAAUUCUUGUAGCUGUGACGCUGUGCUGUUUCUUGGUGCUGUUGACCACAUCGCAGAUCAGCAUUAUCGCAUUAGACAUCGAAA